AUGAAUUCUUUCUUUAAGAAACAGCCUCAACGGAAGUUGACGUGGCGAAGCCCAGACGCUAUGAUUAGAAACGAGAUUGACUUUAUUAUGACGGACAAGAGGCGAAUAUUUAGAGAUGUCUCUGUGAUCACAAGGUUCAAUACCGGAAGUGAUCACCGACUUGUACGAGGCACUCUAAAUAUUGACUACAAGCUCGAGCGCGCCAAUCUAAUGAGGUCUACACUCCUACCAAAAUUGAUCCAAGCCGUGGAGUCUAGUACAUUUCAGUUUAAACUGGAAAACCGAUUCGCUGCCUUGGAAACUAUUACUGACGUUGACAUCAAUCAAGAACUCGACCAAGUGGUGGGUAUCCUUAGGGACGAGGGGACGAAAUUAUAUCCAGCGCAAAACACCGGCAAGAGGUCCAAACUUUCGGGAGAGUCUCUAGAGCUAAUGCGAAAACGACGUGAAAACCCUACAGUCACUUCGUCAGAUCUUAAUAAAAAAAUUUCAAAGCUAGUAAGACGCGAUCUCCGAAACUCCAAUACACGCUUUAUAAAAGAAGCGAUUGAGCAAAAUCGGGGGUCGAAAGUCUUUGUUCAAAAACUAGGUCAAAGCCGUAGACCACCGAAG